AUUCCACGAAUCCCUUCUGUUUCCGCACCAUCUCAAGUCCAAAUCCAAUGGCAAUGGAGAAGAUCACGGCGCAGCCACUGGCUCCCAGCCUCUCGGCCUCGGCCUCUUCCUCGCCAGCCACCGUCGGCGCCCUCCUCAACAAUGCCGCCGCUGUCGCCGCCACCGGCGCCGCCCCGCGCGAGUGCCGCUACCCGCGGUCGCUGCUGUCGCGCUUCCUCGGCAGGGGCAGCGGCCGGUUCGGAUGCCGCAUGCGCCUCCCUCGCUACUGCGCCACGCGCGCCGGUGCGGUCGCCAAGGAGGACGCCGGAGACGAGGUGGCCGCGCCUAAUGUGGUGGCGAGUAAUCCAGCGGAGGCCCAGGAGUCGCCUCGAGGUUCCCUGCAGAGGAAGAAGGCGGCGGAGCCGGAGGUGUCGGCGGCGAGCCUCGGGCUGGGCGCGGGCCUGGUCCUGCUGCUGUCCAAGGGCGCGGCGGAGCUGAGCCGGAUGGCCGAGCUGCGCGCCCAGAUGGAGCGGCUGGUGAUGGAUGCCAGGGCAGCGGAGGCGCGCGGCGGAGGCAACCGCUCAGUGGACGACGGCGCCAGCGUCGUCAAGGAGCGGAUCUUCUUCGCCGACGCCGGCGACGAGGACGCCUCUUCUUCCCACGGUUCGCGCAGUGCGGCCGCCUCCGCCGGCGAGAAUGCUGCCUCCGCGAUGGAUCAGAUGGAAGCGGAGCUCGAGGCGGAACUUACGCGCCUGCAGCUCUCAUCUGACUACGAGGGCGAUGAGUGCGCGACGCCGAAGCGAGAUCACCAGCUCGAGUCCGAGCCAAAGAGCGACGUCUCCUCGGAAAGCGGCUCCCCUGCUCGCAUCGACCAAGACGGCGUCGUGAACUACGCAGCAGGAGAAUGCAAGGAAGACGACGUCGCCGACAUCGAGGAGGAGGAGGAGGCAGAGAGCAGUCCUUGCCAUUUCGGCGUGCCGGCCCUGGUGCUGGAGAGGAGGCUGCACGAGCUGCUGCAGUCGCGGCACGAGGAGCGGAUCGCGGAGCUGGAGACGGAGCUCCAGCGCGCGCAGAGGAAGCUGCGGGAGAAGGAGCGCGAGGUGUCCCGGUGGCGCGACACCGCCAAGCUUGCCUCACGCCACAAGGACGAGUCGCGGCUAAGGUAGAAUCAAACAACCGUGAACGCGCACGCGAAAGGAAGAAAUUAGGGACCUGUGCAAAAUGCAAAUUGGAGCCCAAAAAUGGAACGUGCCCAUGGACACGAAAAGCUAUGCAUGGGUGAUCAAGUUUCCUAUGUACCAAUGAACUUUUAGAUCUUUUUCGUACUAUUUGUUUUGAAAAAGUUGCAAACUUGAGAAAGAGUUCUUGGGCACUAUUUGUUGCUAGAUUUGAGCAAACAAUUGGGUAAGUUGUCUAUCGGAAAAUAGU